AUCAACAGACUCGAGAAAAUUCGUUCCUGUUGCAGGUGGAGCUCGAGCAGUACCCAACUGGACCUCACAUUGCUUCUCGCAUGUUGUACACUGCAGAGAAUUCUUUUGGAGAUGUUAGUGGCAAGAUAGUAGCUGAUUUGGGUUGUGGUUGUGGUACAUUAGGGGCUGCAGCUGCGCUGCUGGGUGCAGAGCAUGUUACAGGAAUUGACAUUGAUCCUGAAUCUCUUGAAAUAGCAUCUUCAAAUGCAGAGUAUCUUGAGUUGGAAAUGGACUUGGUUCAGUGUGAUGUAAAGAACUUGGUAUUGAGAGGUAACGAACUGGAAUACC